AUGUUACAGCAUCAACAGGCCCCUCAAUACCAGAACCAAGGAUACCAGCCGCCCCUCAUCCAAUUGGUGCAAGCCCAACCUGGAAUUACUUACGCCGAUGAAGGCAUAAGUGAGGAGCAACAUCAAAGACCAGCCCAGAGAGAGCUGAAGACCGGACAACCUGAAGCUGUGAAGGCAGCGGAAGAGAGGGCUAAGCCACAACCACUACAACAACAGAACUACAACGCACAACCUCAAGGAGCCGUCAGCUACGCCAGUUUCUCCGUAGGAGCUCCUGCAGCAAACUACGUUCAGCCUCAACAACUUCAAUACCAACCACAACAACAACAAGAGCAGCUACAACAGCAACAAUAUCAGCAACAACAAGCUCAACAACAACAAGCUCAACAACAGCAGCAUCCUCAACAACAAAUUCAAUAUCAGCCUCAGCCUCAGCCUCAACAAUAUCAGCUGCAGCAACAAUCUCAACAACAACUUCAAUUCCAACCUCAACUCCAAGUAAUCCAAUACCAACCUCAGCCCCAAUACCAAGUCCAACAACUACCCUCUCGGCAACUCAAACCAGAAUCUCAAAACCUCAUCCCUAUCCAAACCAAGCCGCGGCAGAUCUUCAUCCGCCAAGGACCUGUAGUGGUCCCUUACCAGGCCCAGGCUUACCAAGCACAACCUCCAGCUUACCAGGCCGCCGUUCCCCACUUCCCCCCAGUGCAGUACUUUGGUAAAUUCGCUCAGUCCAUCUUCGGGCAGUACCAGUGAAGUGUAGGAAAAUUUUCGUAAUGUUAUUUUUAGUUAAGUUAUUUUAAGUAUUGGUAAGAAAAUUGAGGUGCUGAAAGUAUUUUUUCUCUGUGAUGCCAUAUUCUUAUACAAAGUGUACUUUAAUAAAUGUAUUAAU